AUGAAAAAAUUUGAAAAUAAUUCAAAAUCAUUCAUUGAGUAUCAAGAACAAAAUAAUUUUCGUAAUUUGGAUACGAAUCAAUUCAUAAUACCGGAAUUACCGAGAGGUAAUAUACUCGAAAUCAAUAUAAAAACAACAUGGGGUGAUCGUCAUUAUGUUGGACUAAAUGGAAUCGAAUUAUUUUCUGAUAAAGGAAAACCAAUUAAAAUCAGAGAAGUAACUGCUGAUCCAUCAGAUAUAAAUAUUCUACCAGAAUAUACAAAUGAUCCUCGCGUUGUAUCAAAUUUAGUAGACGGCGUAAAUCGAACAAGAGAUGAUAUGCAUAUGUGGCUUGCACCAUUCAAUCCUGGUUCGAGGCACAUUAUUAAGAUUAUUUUUGCAUCAGUAGAGUCUUUAGCGAUGCUCAGAAUUUGGAAUUAUAAUAAAUCAAGAAUACAUUCAUAUCGUGGUGCCAAAGAUGUAGAAAUCACAUUAAAUAAUUUGUAUAUAUUUCAAGGUGAAAUUGCUAGGGCACGUGGUGGAAUAAUUGGAAAUAUGGAUGAAUUUGGUGAUACAAUUUUAUUUACAACGGAUGAUAAUAUUUUAGAAGAAAUUUCAAAGAACGAUACAUCAUACCACUUAGUAUCAGGGCAAAUUCUUACUGAUAUUGAACAAGAAAUUUUGGAAAGACCAUCAACAUCUACAAUAGAGAAUACUCGGCCAUUCACAAGUGCUGUGAUAAAAAAUGUGGAAUGCCAAAAAAAUCCUACUGAAUCAUACUCAACAGAUCAUAUAACAUUAAUUUUACUUUCAAAUUGGGGUAAACCACAUGUGAUCGGUUUAACUGGUUUGGAAGUACUGAAUACUGAUAACGAAUCUGUUCCUAUUCGUGAUAUCCAACUACAACAUAAUGAAAAUGAUUCGAAAUUAAUACGACUUAUUGGUACGGAAAAUGUGACUAUGGAUCCAAAUAAUAUGUGGAGCGAUGAAUUUAUUACGAAUCAUCCGAUUAUUAUGCAUUUGUUUCUACAUGAAGUAUCUGCAAUUAUCGGCUUUCGUUUUUGGAAUUACAAUUCAUCAAUGGAUUUAUCAUUUGCUGGCGUAAAACAAUUAACAAUAAUCAUUAAUAAUAAGCCCAUAAUGAAUUCUGAGGAUAAUUCCCAUAUAUUUAUUUUACGCCGUGCACCAGGAAAUUUGCAUUAUAAUUUUUCUCAAGAUAUACAUUUCUUUAAUAUCAAAAAAUUAAGUUCUCCAAUCGAAGAAAAUUCAAUUAAUACAAAUUGUUCUCUAAAUCAUAAAUCAAUCAACGAUGAAGAUUAUUAUGAAUGUCCUACAUUACCACAAGGAUUUGUUUUUCAAAUUUUAAUAUUUUCCACAUAUGGUGAUCCUUAUUAUGUGGGACUAAAUGGUAUACAGGCUUAUGAUGAAAAAGGGAAAAAAAUACAUCUUAAUUUAAACAAUAUUGCAGCAUUUCCAGAAAGUAUAAAUAUUUUGGAAGGUGUAGACAAUGAUAUUCGAACACCGGAUAAGUUAAUAGAUGAUAUAAAUACCACAAAUGAUGCAAUACACUCAUGGUUAGCACCAAUAUUACCUGGACAUUUGAAUCGAAUUUAUUUAAUAUUUGAUCAUAUUGUAACAAUAUCAAUAAUUAAAAUUUGGAAUUAUGCAAAAACACCCUCUCGUGGUGUUAAAGAGUUUGAGAUUUUGGUUGACGAUUUAUUAGUUUAUAAUGGAAAAUUGGAACCAGCAAAUACGACACCAGUUGUGCCUUCAACAAUAUUAUUCAAUAAAAAUAUACCUGAAGAAAAUAGUGGGAAAUAUACGGCUGAACAUCAACAUCAAGUUACCUUAAUGGAUAACGAACAACGAGUUACAACCGGUGGUUCAAUUUUAUGCGCAGAUCAAUCACAAAGACCGUUUACAUCAUUAAAUACCUCCUAG